ACAAACCAUCUGGGAACCGUAGGUGGCCCUGAAAGCUAUCAGUUUUCAUUUGUGCAGCCUUCAGUCGGCUUCGAGUUUGACCUUGAGGUCCCUUUCGGGUUAGUGUUCGGGGAUUGUGGGAUUCUAAGUGGGACAGAACCCCACACCCAGAAGCUGUGUGGGUUCCAAAAGCUUUUCCAAUUUUCUAUCUCAUAUUGUCCUGAAUCAUUUUGGCAUCAUUAUAUGAGAUAACGGCAGGACUAUCACCAAAACUAGGACAAGCUGGAGUCUCAUGUUUCAUUCUCCUCUUCCUCUAGAGAACCAACGAUUUCAAGUGGAGAAAGAGAAAGAACACUAUCUUGCAUCAUUCCUGCUCAGAAAAGCCCGAAGAUUUUCAGCGAACGUGACUCUGGAUCCCACAACAGCACACCCUGAACUUUGUGUGUCACCGGACCAAAAAAGCGUGAAAUGUGCAAAUGCAGCAGAAGAGCAACCUAACAAUCCGGAUCUUGUUGAUUCUUAUCGCUGUGUCCUGGGCGCUCAGAAAUUUGACUCCGGGAGACAUUACUGGGAAGUGAAGCUUGAGAAGAAAACCGUGUGGCACCUGGGGGUUUGUGCUGACUCAGACGACAGGGAGCAGUACAAAAGCAUCGAGCCUGAAAACGGGUACUGGGCCGUAAGGUUGUGGAACGGAGAGUACAAAGCCCUCUCCACGCCUCGGACAACAAUCACCUUGGAAAAUAAACCAGAGAGGGUUGGGGUUUUUCUGGACUAUGAGGGAGAAGAAGUCUCCUUUUUCAGUUUGCCUAAUGGAUCCCAUAUCUACACUUUCUACAGAUGCGUCUUCUCUAGGAGGUCACUCCGGCCUUUUUUCAGCCCAGGUAUACAUGGAUCUAAAGAAGAUGUUCCCCUGAUCAUCUGCCCAAUCCCAGACUGGUAAUGAAGGGCACAUUGUCCGUCACAAUUACCAUUGCGAUUUGGUAGCUACCGCGGACCCUUGAGGUUACGAACUCACAAGGCAAUCACGCGCUUCGUUUGGAAGCGGGCAAACAGGCAGCAGCAGCACUCAAAAAAAAGGGACAGUUCUGUGUAAAACGUAAAUUCCUAAAAUUAAAGGGGGGGGGAAGAGGAGGAUUCAAAAGGAUAUGGGAACAUAAGCCAACUGCGCUUGUUUCAUUUCCAUUAAGAUGAUUAAAACUGCACUUUUCUUCUCCACAGUUGUUGUAUUAAAAGAAGCACUCGGGAUCUUUUUCAGGGGGAUAAGUCAACACGCCACAUUUAUUGAUCACACAUAGAAUAAUCAACACUUGUCAUAUGCAUAGGACACAUCGCACUCAUGCACUCACACA